UCCACACUCGCUACGUGUUUGUGUAGUGCACAAUACAUGCCUUACUACUAACUCUUGCCUUUUUCUCACCUCUGACAUCGGAAAAACAAGAAUAUCUUCACAACUUCACCGGAACGCCAUCUCCAAAGAUAGAAAACACACCUCUCCUUUUUAUUUUCUAAAAGAGAAACCAAAGAAAGAAGAAAUUUAGAGCAAGACCCACCGUCAAGACGAUUUCUUUGAAAUAAAAUUUUUUAGGGUUUAUCCAGCUUCAUCGUCGUCUUCGUUGUUGUUGCUUGUAUGUGUUCCUUUCGAUGCGAAUAUAGUCUUUAAUCCACGCACAAACAAACACAUGAGCAUAUUCUCUUGGAUGCUUCUGGAUUCAAAGUUGAAUUUCCAUCUGGGUAUUUCGUAUUUGGAUGAUUUCUUCAAUCAAUCCGUCUGGGUUAUUGGUACCUUUCCAUUUUAUUUUAUUUUAGGUGAAAAAGCUACGAUCUUUUCAGCCAUCACACUGUUUUAUUGCUCGUAUGUGUGGUGUUCGCGAAAAAAAGAUCAAAUCUUUAUGUCUUCUAACCUCCUCUAAACGAUGAAGAAUCUAAUCGAGGGUUUUAAACGAUAAGUUUUUGGAUGAUGGUGUUUUAUCUAUGCGAGAUUCUUGAAGGGGGUUUUUGAAGGUUAAGAUGAGGAACAGGGGGAUAAUCUGAAAUUGCAGUAUGAGUAACAGUGAGAAGAACAACAUCAAGAAAUCAAAAGAAGAAGGGUCAUUCGAUAGUAGUAAUAGUAAUCAUAAUAGCAAUAAUAAAUCUGGAACAGUUAAAUCGGGAUCAGGUUGCUCAAAAUCAGUUUGUUCAAAUGGGUCAAUUACAAAUUCAGACUGCACGAUUGAUGAAAGGGUGCUUGUUGAUCCAAAACUCUUAUUUAUCGGAGCCAAAAUUGGAGAAGGAGCUCAUGGGAAGGUUUACGAAGGAAGGUAUGGUGAUCGAAUUGUGGCUAUAAAGGUUCUCAACCGUGGGAGUAACACAGAAGAACGAGCUGCACUUGAAGGCCGUUUUGCACGUGAAGUUACUAUGAUGUCAAGAGUGAAACAUGACAACCUAGUUAAGUUUAUUGGAGCUUGUAAGGAACCUUUAAUGGUGAUUGUCUCUGAGCUAUUACCCGGAAUGUCACUUAGGAAAUAUUUGGGAAGCAUUCGUCCAAAUCAAUUAGACCUUCGUUUGGCUUUGAGUUUUGCUCUUGAUAUUGCUCGAGCCAUGGAUUGUUUGCAUGCUAAUGGGAUUAUACACAGAGAUUUAAAACCCGACAAUUUGCUGUUAACUGCAAAUCAGAAGUCUGUGAAGCUUGCAGAUUUUGGCCUUGCAAGAGAAGAAACCGUUACUGAAAUGAUGACAGCAGAGACUGGUACUUACCGUUGGAUGGCCCCUGAGUUGUAUAGCACAGUGACUUUGCGUCAAGGGGAGAAGAAGCAUUACAAUAACAAGGUUGAUGUUUACAGCUUUGGAAUUGUGUUGUGGGAAUUAGUCACAAACCGAAUGCCAUUUGAAGGCAUGUCAAAUUUGCAAGCUGCUUAUGCUGCUGCUUUUAAGCAAGAAAGGCCGAAUCUUUCGGAUGACAUAAAACCUGAACUUGCGUUCAUCAUACAAGCAUGUUGGGUAGAAGAUCCAAAUCUAAGACCAAGUUUUGACCAAAUCAUACGCAUGCUCAACACAUUUCUCUUCACCCUCCCACCACCACCACCCGCCACGUCACCGGAAGAAUGUGAUGCCGCUGAUGACGUGGCGGCGGCAGCAGCAAGUAAUGGCGAGCUUUCCGCACGCUCAAGACGCAAGUUUUCUUUUCUUCGUCAGAUUUUUGCUGCCAAAAAAACCAAAAACUCGCAAUGAGCCACCAUUAAGAUCUUCAUUUGACUCAACAGAUACUUACUUUGAUCUUUGAGUGAAGUGUAUGUAAGCCCUAAUUAUCAAAUAGUUUAUAGAUUAUGUGGUAAUAGGGCGAAUAGGUACAAUGGAAGUGUCUUAGUGGACAUUGGUUGUAAAUGAGCCACAUAAAAACUCUAGAUUUUUUUUUUACUUAUGUUAAUAUGAAUGCUGCUGUAGUUUAGCUUUUUUGGUUGCCCUUUUGACGUGAUUGUUGGAUUGAGGGUGUUGUACAACUUUUUCUGCAUGAGGUACAUGUUACCAUGGGGUUUGUUGCUCAAGUUAAAGGAACCAACAUAUGGAGAACUUAUGCUAUAUUUUUGUACCAAUCCUCUUAAGGGUGAUUUGAUUGUGUUGGUUUUUAAGUUACAAUAAUGGAGUUAAUUUUUAGUAUUAUGGCUACUUGUAUUUCUUGGUUAUGUACUAUAUCAUUAGAAUGGGUUAUUUGAUUUUUGAUUAUGUAAAUCCUAUAUAAAGUUUCAAGAAAGG